AUAUGUUUCUAUGAAACUUUGUGUCACGUGAAAGAAAGUUUUCCAAGCUUUGCACGACAUGUACUUUUUAAUAUAGAGCUGUUAUUCUUUAACAUAUUGUAGUCAGCUGUUUGUUAACUUUCUCAGUUAAAUUCAAGUACGAUAUUUGACAUUGAUAAAAGUUCUAAUACAAUCCUUCUAUUACGAAUUGAAUCUUCUAAUCUUCACUAGAAAAAUGUCUUCUGGUUAAAAGUUUCUUUACGUAAUUUCCUUUCUCUAAAUUCUUUCUUAAAUCCAUCACUUUUUCUAAAAAUCCUUUUUCAAAUUGUUGAAUUCCUUUCCCCGAUUCCUGCUAUAUUUACUUUCUUAUAAUUUCUCCUACAUUUCUUCCUUUCUUUAGUUCACCAAAAUCCUUUGUCCAGUUUCUAUUAAAUCGUAUAGCUGAUCCUCUUCUUGGAAUUUUUUUCCAGAUCUUUUCUUAUUCCAAUUUCUAUACGACACUCGCCUUCAACCAAUUUCUACCAAAUUUACAGCUUCUUCCUUAAACUUUCUUUAUCCAUAUAUAUACGACAACUGUCUAACAUCUAAAAUAUCCAUCUUGAUGUGCAAAUUCGAUUCGUAAAUCUAUUCAAUUCGCAUUAUCGCCCCGUUUCUUCAAUCCAGAACCUCCCUGUUCCUUAUCAGAUCGAUGAAGAGGCGGAACUAGCAGCCAGGCAACUAGGGGUAGGUAGGCUCCACCACCAACUAGCUCGACGAAUGGGGAUGCAGCUAGACUUUCAACCCCAGGAAUGGCUUCCCUACCGCUUUUCUCUUUCAGUUUCGACAGACUACCUGAACCAGUGCUCAUCAAUGAUCCACAGUUCCAUUUCACCUUUCUAACAGCCUAACAUUCACUCAACAGUUCGAUAUUCUCUCUUUCACCUCAAAUCCAAAUAAUUAUACAUGCUAACAAUAUCAUGUCAGUGAUUUUUCUAUCUUUUCUCUUACGAGAAUCAGUUUUAACAUCAAUACAUUAAAUACAUUGUUACUCAUAAGAAUUUGGUUAUUAGUGGAUCCGUGAAUGUGAUAACAAUAUAACAGUUUUAUCAAAGUGUAUGAAUUAAUGCAUUAAUCCAUUAGGUUCCAAGCACGUUUUAAUUUAUCACAAUUUUGCAACUUAUCUUCAAUUUUGUCAAAUUUCAUAAGGUCGUAAAACCCCAUUUUGUGUGAAUGAUGUGUGCCGAACGUCCGAUUAGAAGUUUGAAGAAUCUGAACUAUGAGUGGAAGUGAAGAGAACGUUGUCCAGGAAGAAGAUCGAGGAUGAAGAGAUUGGUUGAUGGUUUCCUUACAUCCAAAGUGGUUCCUCAAGUGUCUGGAAGAGGAAUUUUGAACUAGAUCAGAGUAUGACCAACAAGGAAGGAUUGAAUACAUUGUGUUAAGUGUCUGGACAAACCUGGACACGUGUCCUGGCUUCCUCCUGGCACGUGCCGCUGUUUAGAAGUAUUUCCUAGCACGCGCUGAGGCCACGUGUCAUGUCGAUGGUAUCAGUGAUCCUCGGGACGUGAUCGAGGGUGCUUGCAUUGGAAUUCACUGGAAAUUUCAACGAAAACUGCCUGCUGAUCCCAGUUUAAUUGAAUCCAUUCAAUGUUCCUUGCAUUGAGUUUGAAGAAUUGUCUCUUCUGCGUUCAAAAGACGCUAUAUAGCAUUCUAGGAAGCACUCAGAAAUUACACAGCAGCGUUGUCCGUGAUCUCAAUAAUCUGUUUAAUAUUUCCUGUAUUAGGUCGAAGAUAUUGGUUCUUCCUCCUUCAAAGAAGACUAUAGUGUCCAUAUAGACAGGGUUUAGAGAUUGUAUAAAAGCAUUGUGACUGAUCUCAAGGAUGCUUCUUGUAUUAAAUUUGAAUGUGGAUCCUCUUUGAGAGAUUCUCAACUAUAAACUACAGUGUGAAGUCAAACUUUCAAAGUAUCCUGUAGCUCGUGAUGGAAACGUUUGAAGCUCACUUGAGAGAUUCUCAAGUAAAAACUACAGUGUAGAAUCAAAUCUUCCAAAUUUCUACGUCGAUCUAAAUAGGAUUAAUAAACAAUCUUAUAAACACUAUGUAAGAGCAGUUCAAUGAAUUAAUUUGAACUAGUCAAAGAUUCUAGUCACUAUACCAAAGAAUUUAUCUGAAAUACACACGUACCAAAGAAAUUUAAGUAUAAGACAAGUCUCCUCAAGAUGUAUUCUAUGGAUAAUUUGGAAUUAGACAUGAUGAAUCGCCAGUAUAUGUACGAGGCUCAUAGUUUUCUUGGAAAUCCUGCGAUUCCAGCUCUGCCACCGCAUUGCGGAGCACCUACCACGGCUACGCUGCCUUCGAUUCCGUCGCAGCUAGCUUCUCAUACUGCUGGCAGUACUGGAAGUACCAGUGGCAGUGAAAUUUAUUUAUAUGACGAAAACAGCACCGACAAUGAAAGCGCUUACAGCAGUGACCAGGAAAACCACACCAGAGAUGUAAUAAUGAUUUCUAGACGAAGUCAGAGCAACAGAAGGAACGGGGCAACGGGAAAAAGUCCAAGGCAGGCGGUGCAACAGAGGCAGGCUGCCAAUAUGAGGGAGAGGAGACGUAUGCAGAAUAUAAACGACGCCUUCGAGGGCCUUAGGGCUCACAUACCAACUUUGCCCUACGAAAAGAGACUCUCUAAAGUAGAUACAUUAAAAUUGGCGAUCGGUUACAUAAAGUUCCUGAACGAACUGGUCAGAGCUGACAAGGGCAACGAUCCUCUGACAGGAAACGGAGGUCUCUCGAGGUGUUCCGGUCGAGACGACACUAAGAAGGUCAUAAUUCGCAGCGAGGGGAACCCAUUCAUUUUCCAUUCUUUGUCCUGGUCUAGGAAGUCGGACAUCUCCCCGAAUGGGACGAUGUACGCGAAAGUCUGGACCCCGGAGGACCCAAGAACAUCAAAGAAUGGCUCGACAUUCGAAUAAAGUGCUCAGGUGUUAAUUAUUAAGUGCGUCGAGCCUGUUAUUUAGUAUCUAAGGACAGAAAUUUCUAGUCAAUCAUUCAUUUUUUCUAAUUUUUAAUCGUACCAAAAGAACAACAUUUGUUAACCAAAAAAAUUAUGCUAAUUAAUUAUCCUGUAUCUCUAGUCGAUUUUAAGUCACGGUUGGACAGUAUUAUUAAAUUAUUAUUGUUAACAUUAUUUAAUUGUCCUAUAUAUAGACAGUAUCAUUCUUUAAAUUAAUGUGUUAAUGGAAUUUCAGAUAGGAAUUAAAUAAGAAAUUCCUAUAGAAUGUGAAGAACAUGUGUAACUUCUUUCAGUUUCUUCUUAGACGUGCUCAAAAAACAGCGAAUCUACGCUUAGUAAAUGGAAGAGGAAAUACAUAAAAAUUCUGUCAGGAGUUUUUCUCUUCUCUUAAGUAAUCAAUUGAUUUCUCUAUUGUCUGACAGAAUUCAUGUUACUAUUGUACAUAUAGAGUGAGUAAAAAAGUGUAAGCAGAUAUUGUUUGUACGUGAAAUGUGAAUAUGCAACAGAAUGAUUGUCAACGUGAUUGCCACCCAAGCCAAAUAAAGUAGGUUCUUCAAGUUUCA